UCCGUGACCGUCACACGUGCGCCGCACCCGCCGUCAUGUUCGAAAUCAGUGCCCUAGGCCGGGGCCCGCACCGCAGCCGUCUGCACCGCCACGGAGUACGCGUCUGCGACCGCCGUCGUUAGCUGGUGCGCCGAAAGAGGAGGCUACGACUGCCGAGGGCGCAUGGGCCCUGCUGCACCGGCAGCGGUUACUGCACGACUGUCUUCGUCCGUCGGACAUCUGCGCCCGGCAAAUACUUUUAGCAUAUCACCGCAUCUUCGUCACCGCCGUCACUGUCAGCGCAUACAACAGCAACAGAUAUGACGAAGAAUCGCUCGGUGGCUGUGCUGACGGCCGCGAUAUUGAUCAGCUGGACUGUCGUCAGGCCGGCGCUGUCCUGCCGCAUAUCCGAAUUCAUGUGCAAGUCGACCGGCGGGUGUGUUCAGUUGGACGAGUACUGUGACGGAAAGUACGACUGUCCCGACAGGUCGGACGAACCGCCGUCCUGCACUGCGUGCAAUAGGACUUAUUACGGCGAAGUGGGAAAAUCGUAUAGGCUGACUGUGAAGAAACUGCAAAAGGAAAGACCAUUCCUGUGUCACUUGAGUUUCACUGCGAGCGGACAAGAACACGGAGACUUUGUGGAACUGAUUUUCGAGGAAUUCCGGUUGGGCACUCUCUACCUGGGCGAGUGCAUCAGCGGCGAAAUGCAAAUACUCGAACUCGGCCGCCCCUACGUGGGGGGGUCAUGGUGCGGUUACGGGCCCACGGACGGCACCGCACCGGCCGUGUACUACAGCGAGGCGGGCACCGUUACACUUACGCUGCGGAUACCCGUGAGCGGGCUGUACACGACGCUUCCGUUCGCGUUCGGGCUGCGGUUCAAGUUCUUGGACAACCGGCAGGCGUCGGUCAGGCUGGGCACGCCGGCCGAGCCCAAGGAGCGCGGCGAGCUGGUGCCCGGCACGCACUGCAGCCGCAACUUCUACGAGUGCUACCGGAAGAGGUGCUCGCUGCAGUCGCCCAACUACCCGGGCAUGUACCCGCGGAACGUGACGUGCCGGUACACUGUCCGGCAGAAGGUGGUGCCCAAAUGCAAGCACGCCAUGGUCUCGGUGACCCAGGGCCGGGGCAGCGCGGUACAACAGGCGCACAGGUCCGGCGGCAGGGGCCAGCAAGGGGUAGCCCAGGGCACCCCCAACGGGACGGCCAUCAUACGCGUCAACGACAUGUGCAGCGAGAACGAGGACCGGCUAGUUUUCCACGACGGGCCGUCCGAGGACGAUCCCGUGCUGUUGCGGUAUUGCGGCGGCCCGGCGCUGCCCCGGGUGGUGGCCAGCGGGCCCACCAUGCUGGUCGUGUUCAAAUCGUGGGUGCACAAUUCACCGGCCACGUUCUCGUGGCCACCGCCCGUGUCCCGGCUGCGGAGCUUCGAGCUGGACGUGCGCAUAGCGUUCGUCGACUCGGACUCGCUGGACUACGCCAAGGGGCCGGCGUGCGAGUUCACCGUCAACGCGUCGGCCACGCCCAAGUCACGGCGCGGCGUGCUGGUCAGCCCCCGACACGCGGUGCCGCCGAACAGCACGUGCACGUACAGGUUCCAGGGGCUACCCGACGAUCGGGUGUGGAUGUACUUCGAGAGCUACGGCCACCGGAGCACCGGCCACUUCCUCACGUUCAAGCCGUGCCCGACCCGACUCCGGAUAUGGGACGGGGCCGGCACGCUGUUGGGAGAUCACUGCGACACGCCCAGGCUGUGCGAACACAUCGCUGCCGCAGACGCGUCGGCUUCUGCGCCGCCGAACGCCACGCGCCCCAAGCGGCCGUGCACGCUGGACGAGAGCUACCUGUCAAAGUCACCCAGCGUCAUACUUCAGGUGCACUCGGUAUUGGGAACAGUGCUGGAACCGUUUGGGUUCCGGCUGCACUACGAGUUUGUUGACAGCAUCGCGUACGACCGCGAGACCGACGGCGACGCGUGCGUCAUUGACCACAGGGUGCGCGAGUCGAUGGACCUGGCGGAACCGCGGAACGUAUUCCUGUACGGCCGGGGCGGUGCCAAGAGCUUGGACUGCGUAUACCGGCUACAGGCGGAACCCGGUUACCGGUUGCAGAUCGUGGUUCGCAACGCGUCGUUCGGGUCACGCGAACGGCCUCCGCAGCCCAUUGCCAGGACGGUGACGGGCAAGUAUGCCUGCCCGACCGGCGACGAGGGCCCCAGGCUGUCGGUGAGCGAGGUGUUCUGGCGGACGGUUCGAGUGGAGCGCGGUUGCUUCAGUCAGAACUUCACGGAAGCCGCUUUGGGCACGCAACAGGUGACGUUUGACACUUCGUCGGACCGCGUGGAAAUCCAUUUCCACGUUCCCGGGCUGGGCGUCACCGACGAUUUUACCAACACGUACUUCAGCGCUCACGUCCGCGUUCUCCGGUGGCCCGCGUGCCCUCGCAGGCAGUGGGUCCGCGGUUCUGGCGGCGAGAUCGAGUUGGCGUAUCCACCGGAAGCGCGAGAAGACUUGCACUGCCGCGACGUGCCGUGGCUACUGGAGGCCCGGCCAGGCCACAGCAUGUUCGUGCAGACGUGGGGCCGCUUCCUGCCGGUCAACGCGUCCGCGGCGGCCCCGUGUCGGACCAGGAACCGGAUACUGCUGUACGCGGUCCGGCCGGAAGUCCGGUUGGUCGGCAACGUGUGUCCGGCGGAGGCGCGCGACGGCCGCCGCGAAACGCUGUACAUGUUUUCAGACGAGUGGACGGCGUUCGUGCCGGACGACCAGCAGAACCCCAGCUUUAUGGUAGAGUUUGUGGCCCAGGAUGCCGGUUCCAUGGCGUUCAAGUGGCUGGAGGUGUCCAAGCCGUCCAAGCGCGUGCAGACGACGUCGCCGUCCAAGCGCAACCAGUCCGGCGGCGGCGGCGGCCCGCACCGCGGCUCGGGUUGCGCGUACGGCUGCCCCGAGCUGGAGGCGUGCAUCAGUCCCACGCUGUGGUGCGACGGCCACCGAAACUGUCCGUCCGGCGUGGACGAGGCCGACCUCGAGUGCCAGACAAAGUGGCCGUCGUUCAAGGUGCUCCGGUCGUACGGGCUGCCGGUGGUCGGCCUGGGCCUGGUCGGUGUCGUCUUCGCCGUGCUCGCGUGCGUCUACUGCCGGAGGGAACCUGAAUACAAACACUACGACGAACCCGAACCGGCCACCGAGAACACAACCAGAUCGUGUUCGACGAUCGCCUCCUGACAGCAGUCCUCGGUCGACACUGUUGACGUCGUCGACCGAGAAACGUGCGUUUGAAAACAACCACUCUUGCUCAAGCUCUACACCGUGGUGUUGUUAGAUUUCUGUUAUUAUUAUUAUUGCUAUCAUUUCAAACGUGUGCGUGUAUCCGAAUAACACGUCGUUUUGUCCACAAACGUAGGUGCCUUAUAUAAUAUUAUGUAAUACCAUAUAAUUUAAUGUUCUAUCGGUUAUGUUCAGCGUGUUGCAGAUGAGGAUUUAGAUAGAAUUAAUUGGCGGAAAUCGGGGGGGGGGAGGGGCCGAGGGUUGUGUUUCAAGCCCCCGCUUUAAUAAUGGAUAAAAAAAUACUUGUAAUGUUAUUUCCCUUAAUAAAUACUGUCAAAAAAUAGAAAAGUUUAGUAGGUCCAUCCUAUGCGUAGGUAUACUUUAUAGAGCAUCUUCUUAACAAUAUUUAUAAAUAUUUUAAAUGGGAGAAACCUUUGUUUUCCUCGAAGCGCGAUGUGAACGGCAACCAACUGUCAUUAUUCUAAAAAUAAAUUAUGCCCCGAUUUUCGCCUAUGAGGUACAUGUCAAAUGUCAACUAUAGUUCGUUAUUUCAAGAGAAACACACUCAUCUAUAUAUUGUGUGACGAUUAUAAUUGUAGAUACCUAUAAAAA